GGGUGGGCUUCCUUUAAGAAGUAAUUAUUAACACGAUUAUUUUCUUCUUCUCCCUUCCCAACUGAUCCUUCCCACUUAACUUUGUUCCCGCCUCCUCUACCCGGGCGGGAAUUGUUUCCACGGUUGAAAUGAGUGAGAACCCGAGUGAUCCAGUGUCUCCCGUGGUGCGAGUGAGUCGCUGCCGCUGAAGGCGAGGGGUGGGGGUGGGACCUGGGGGUCGUAGGCAGGUGAUCCCCGGGCCCGGCCUGGGACGUGGGAGAACCCGCCACCUUCGCCUCAGACAUGCUCACACGAAGAUAAUCGAACUCCCCACCAUCCCGAACCUGAACGGGGUCAGAUCUAUACGAAGGGCUCCCCGGGGAAUGUAGAACCCACCGCAGGGCUGAGGGUGCUUGGAUCCCGGGCAUUAAUCAGGGUUAAUCACAGCCGGAAUAACUAUUAAUACCGUUUUAAUAGACCCGCCUUUCCCUCUGCCAUCAUGGUUCUCCUUGGCAGCAGCGUUCGCAGCCGCCUGAGGGUGAAAACGUGGGUGAUGGGGAAGUUGGUAAUGACUCCGCUGUUUUUUCUCAUGACUUCUUUGGGCAACAGCUGUCCACCCCCGGUAUACACUGUAGUUGAUUGCAGGGAAACCCUGUACCUCGCCCCUUCUUUCUCUGCUGAUUUUGCACUUUUCUCUUUGCUCACCACCAAGUGUAAUCAAUAGCAAAGCACUGACAGUACAUAGCAGUAGUGAAAUCUGAAAUAACUAAGAAUUAAUCAGGUACUGCAGCCAUGGAUCUGGCUGGGUAAAAUCCAACUGGGGAUUUCAGUUUCAUUCACCUACCCUGUUUUGGUGGUUUUCUUUUUCUUUUUUCUUUUUCUUUUUUCCUUUCUUUGGGAAGCAACAUCACAAUUUUCCCUCCUUUUUACCUUUUCUAAAUCCCUUUUCUGAAAAGGGGGAAAAUCCGGAUGGAUUUCAAGGAUUGGACUGGUGUCAGCUGUGUUUUAUUGCACACCUAAAUCCUGAUGAUAGGUUUUUCAUUUCCCCUCAAUGCCUUUUAUUUUGGCAGGUUAGCCACAUGCGUUUUCCAGAAAGUUAGUUCCAAGUUUUUUCCUCCUCUUUCUUUCCUUCCCUUCCCUUUUCCCAUCUAACCCCCAAACAUUAGUGUCCAAACAUGACUGGACAGCAACUUUUGUUUCUUGACCCUGUGGUAUGACAGUCUGCUAAUAUUGCCAGAAGGUGCAUUUUGGGGGUUACAGUUGUGAUUUUAGCUAUUCAAUCAUAUUAGCAGGAAAAAAUGACUUGUUUCUGUUGUACUUGAGUCUUAAGAAAAAGUGCCCAUAGUUUAGCGACAAUUUCCAAAGGCUUUAGUACCACCUCUAUUUCAAAAUGGGGGACCCAAACUCCCGGAAGAAACAAGCUCUGAACAGACUCCGUGCUCAGCUUAGAAAGAAAAAGGAAUCUCUAGCUGACCAGUUUGACUUCAAGAUGUAUAUUGCCUUUGUGUUCAAGGAGAAGAAGAAAAAGUCAGCACUUUUCGAAGUGUCUGAGGUUAUACCAGUCAUGACAAAUAAUUAUGAAGAAAAUAUUCUGAAAGGCGUGCGAGAUUCCAGCUAUUCUUUGGAAAGUUCCAUAGAGCUUCUACAGAAGGAUGUGGUACAGCUCCAUGCUCCUCGAUACCAGUCUAUGAGAAGGGAUGUAAUUGGCUGUACUCAGGAGAUGGAUUUCAUUCUUUGGCCUCGGAAUGAUAUUGAGAAAAUUGUUUGUCUCCUGUUUUCUAGGUGGAAGGAAUCUGAUGAACCUUUUAGGCCUGUUCAGGCCAAAUUUGAAUUUCAUCACGGUGACUAUGAGAAACAGUUUCUGCAUGUACUGAGCCGCAAGGACAAGACAGGAAUUGUUGUCAACAAUCCUAACCAGUCAGUGUUUCUCUUCAUUGACAGACAGCAUUUGCAGACUCCAAAAAACAAAGCCACCAUCUUCAAGUUAUGCAGCAUCUGCCUCUACCUGCCACAGGAACAGCUCACCCACUGGGCAGUUGGCACCAUAGAGGAUCACCUCCGUCCUUACAUGCCAGAGUAAAUAAGAGCAUUGACCAGCAAAA